AUGCGCGGCUUCGCCCUGGAGCAGCAGAAGCGCCUGGCCGCCAGCCUGGUCCGCGUCCUCGCGCUCUACCGGCCGCUGACCGACGCCUACGUCAUCCCCCCGCUGCCGCCCCGCUUCCGCCGGCACCUGCGGCCCAAGAAGCAGCACGAGGUCCGGCGGCUGGCGCAGGUGCUGGAGCGGCUGAGCCAGCUGACCGGAUGCCCCCAGGUGGUGGACGUGGGCGCAGGGCAGGGCCACCUCGCCCGCUUCCUGGCCUUCGGGCUGCGGCUGUCAGUCACGGCCGUGGAGGGAGACGCCCGGCUGGUCACUCAGGCUGCCAGGUUUGACCGGGCGCUGGCUCUGGAGCUGGAGAAAGAGCAGGCCAGGCGGCAGGCGCCAGACGCCCCCCCUGUCCAGGGGCCGAGCCACGUGGUGGGCUGGGUCACUCCGGACACUCGGUGGCCAGAGUUCGUGGAGCUGCUGCGCUCGGGGAAGGUUGCAGGAGGUGGGAGUCCAUGGGCAGCCACCACCUGCCAGCCCCGCGAGCCUUGUGAGCCGGGAGAAAGGGGAGCUGGAAAGGGAGGCGCAGACUGUGGGGGAGGAGAUAGGCCUGAGUCCCUGGAGCAGAACCCACCAACCCACCUGCAAGGGCAGCUCCCGCAGGGGCCGCUUCUGCUCACCGGCCUGCAUGCCUGCGGGGACCUCAGCGCCACCCUCCUCCGGCUCUUUGUGGCCUGUCCCCACAUGGUGGGCAUCACUUCGGUGUCCUGCUGCUACAUGAAGCUGAGCACCGGGAAGGGCGACCGGCCCGGCUACCCCCUGAGCGACUGGGUGGCUGCUCUGCCCGGACACCAGCUCUCCUACAAGGCCCGGGAAGGGGCCUGCCACGCCAUGGAGGACUACCUCCUGCGGCUGGAGCACGACAGCCCCUCGCUGAAGACCCACUGCUACCGGGCCAGGCUGGAGACCCUCAUCCGGGCCAUCGACCCCACCAAGAAACGCCUGGGGGUGCAGGCCAUUCCCAAGGCCCACCAGAUGACCUUUGAGCAGUAUGCUCGCCAGGGCCUGGAGCGUGUCGGGAUGAGCCCCCGUGGGCCCCUGGAGCCAGCCUCUCCGGCCCAGCAGCGGCAGGUGGUGGUUUUCUUCAGCCUCGCUCACCUGCUGGCCCCCUUGGUGGAGACCCUUAUUCUCCUUGACCGGAUGAUUUACCUCCAGGAGCAAGGUUUCCCCUGUGCGCUGGUCCCUCUCUUUGACCCAGCACUGUCCGCCAGGAACCUGGUGCUAGUGGCGGCCAAGAAGGUGCCGCCCUCCGACCUCUGGGGUCUGGCCGCAGGAGAGUGAGGAGGCUCCUGCCCUAGAUGGGCCUUCUCAGGGUCUGAUGCAGCCGCCGCCAAAGGACUUGGCCUCCCGGUCCCCUGGAGGGUCCGUUGCCGAGGAAGCCCCUGGACCAACCUGUUGGAGGAGGAGGAGGAGAGAGCGGGCCAAAAUGCCCACCUCUCUGUUGAGUGUCUGUAAGGACAGUACGCUUGUUGUUCUGUUAAGGGAUAUUUAUUGUCUUUGCCUUUGAUAAAAGAUGGCCAGUGAACCCGC